GUAUGUUUGCGUCGUGCUGCAGCUGGUUCUGUUUAGACUCAGGUGGAGUUGAUCAGCUGUCUGCAGAAGAGCGUCGUCACCAGUCUUACACAAACUCAGGGUUCAACAGCCAGGCGCCGCCCCCCCCCUCACCUGAACUCACCUGUAAGGCCUGCGGGGCGGAACUCGACACACCUGCCAAGAAGCAUGUGUGUGUGGACUGUAAGAAAGACUUCUGCAGCCGUUGCUCCACCCACCUGGAGCCCCGCCCCCGCCUCUGUCACACCUGUCAGCGUUUCUACGGCAACCUGCUGGAGAGGGCGGAGCUAAUGAAGCUGAAGGUGAAGGAGCUGCGGGAUUAUCUGCACCUGCACGAGGUUUCCACGCACCUGUGCAGAGAGAAGGAGGAGCUUGUGGAGCUCGUCCUUGGCCGGCAGCCUUCACCAUCUUCCCCCCCCGACACCAUGACCUCUGACCCCCCGUCGGUGACCUCUGACCCCCCUGAUGUCGCCGCCUCGCCUCCAGACCCCCCCGCCCCGACGCCUGACCCCCCCGCUGCAGAGCCGGAAGCCCCGCCCCCUCCCACAGGCCCCGCCCCCGCCGCAGAGCCCGAGGUUCAGGAAGAAGACCAGGCGUGGGACCCGGAGGAGGCGCCUGUUUCCGGCCGCCGGGCGUCGCUCUCAGACCUGAGCAGCGUGGACGACAUCGAGGCGCUCAGCGUGCGGCAGCUGAAGGAAAUCCUCGCCAGAAACUUUGUGAACUACAAAGGCUGCUGUGAGAAGUGGGAGCUGAUGGAGCGGGUGGUCCGGCUGUACCAGGACCAGCAGAACCUCCAGGCUGCCAACGCUGUGAACGCCUCAGAGUCCGCUGGUGCUGGUUCUGCCGGUCCGGAGGAGAACCAAUGUAAGAUCUGUAUGGACUCUCCCAUCGACUGCGUGCUGCUGGAGUGUGGUCACAUGAUCACCUGCACAAAGUGCGGCAAGAGGAUGAGCGAGUGUCCGAUCUGCCGGCAGUACGUGGUGCGAGCCGUCCACGUCUUCCGGUCCUGAACGCAUCCCGACCCAAACCCGGACCGUCUCCAAAGCAAUAAAACUGGGAAUAAAUCUUCCUGAAGGGACCUCCUCCUCCUCCUCCUCCUCCUCCUCCUCCUCCUCCUCCUCCUCCUCCUCCUCCUCCUCCUCCCACUGAGAAAAAGGAAAUGCUUUUAUUUUGUUAACUCUAUUUUUCUAGUGUAAAUAAAACAAUGAUUGUAUGAAGUGACCUUAACCUGCAGAGAGUUUGAAUACAGACUCUGAUCUUUAGACUCUUCCACCAAGAAGCCUUCAGCAGGGAACGAACCGAAGACAAUCUGACCUCCACAGGUGAGAGGGUCGACCUCCACAGGUGAGAGGGUCGUCCUCCACAGGUGAGAGGGUCGUCCUCCACAGGUGAGAGGGUCGACCUCCACAGGUGAGAGGGUCGACCUCCACAGGUGAGAGGGUCAUCCUCCACAGGUGAGAGGGUGGACCUCCACAGGUGAGAGGGUCGAACUCCACAGGUGAGAGGGUCGACCUCCACAGGUGAGAGGGUCAUCCUCCACAGGUGAGAGGUUCGACCUCCACAGGUGAGAGGUUCGACCUCCACAGGUGAGAGGGUCGACCUCCACAGGUGAGAGGGUCAUCCUCCACAGGUGAGAGGGUCGUCCUCCACAGGUGAGAGGGUCGUCCUCCACAGGUGAGAGGGUCGACCUCCACAGGUGAGAGGUUCGACCUCCACAGGUGAGAGGGUCGACCUCCACAGGUGAGAGGGUCAUCCUCCACAGGUGAGAGGGUCGUCCUCCACAGGUGAGAGGGUCGUCCUCCACAGGUGAGAGGGUCGUCCUCCACAGGUGAGGGUUAACGUCACAGCGCCUUUAACCCACUGUGAAAUACACAGGCCGUCAUCUUAUUGGUUUACACAGAGCUGCAGGAUGCCGUACUUCUGUGUUGGUCCCUGAAGGCAGCAUCUCCUGGUCCAAUGGGAUUCCUCCAUGUGAUUUUGAAUUAUGUCGGAAAAUAAUCUCUGUGUCAAACAAACGAUUAUCAGCUCAACAUCAACGAUUCAUUUAUUUAUAAUCUGAUCAUUAUUUCUUACAUUUAAUUAAUCGUUUUACAAAAAGCGUCCGACGUCACGCCUUUAAAACCAAAGAGAUAUUUAUAUUUACUCUAAAAGGAAAUCAUCUAGAGUUAAAACUGAAGCUGUAGUUUGUAAAGACGGUUAGAGUUAAAAAGAACAAUAUAUCCUACUGAUUGGUUAAUUGACGAAUCACUGCGUUCUCUAAUUGAUCCCAAACUACUUUCAAGGAAAUCACAUAGAAACUAUUCUGGUACCUCUGGAAUAAAGUAGGACUGCGUGUUUGGGAUAUAGGACGUAUCACGGAGCCUGGAUUAUAUCUGGAGAAAAGCUCUUUUUCAAAAGGUUCAAUCUAACGGAUAAAUUCACAAAUGUGCGACAACGAAAAUAAUAUUCUCUGGUUAUAAAGUGGAGUCUGUGCUGCGAUGUCGUUUUGGACAAAAGAAUAACACAAUUUCGGCCUUUUUUCUUCUGCAUUCACGAUUUAAAUCUUAAGCGUUUCUUUUACUUUAAAAUCUCAGAGAAUAUUCAAGCUUUUCUCCAAAUAGUUCCCGCGUCCUCUGGCUCUGUUCUCUUCCAUCUACCAAUGGUCAUGGCUGCUGUAAAAAAAACGUUUGUAUAAUUUGGGCUAAAACGUGUAUAAAUUCCACUUUCUUAUUAU